CGGCGGCCGCCGCUGCAGCCCGGUGCCCGCUCCACCCUGCCUCGGCGGCUCGGACGUCCGGAGUCCCGCGAAGAGCCCGGCCCGCGAUCCCAGGAGGCAGGUCUGAGAGCAGCGAGUCCUGACAGUCACCAUGUACAGUGGUGUGGCGCCUACCCGGCGUCUCCUGCUCGGUCCCUGAUCCUGACCCACAAGAGUUCGAGUCUAGAGCCUGCUCGGCCGCACCAUGAGCCACGGGCCGAGCCCCCGGCUGGCCGAAUCCCCGCAGCUGGUCAAGGGCAGCCUCCUGACCAUCCUGGGCGGCCCCCCGCCGGAGCGCACGGGAACGGCCGACUCGCUGCCCCCCACGCCGUCCAGCGGCACGCCCUCGCCGGGACCCCCGCCCGCGCUGGCCCUGCCGCCCGCCCUGCCCGCGCCCCCAUCCGCGCUGCUGGCCGAUGGGGACUGGGAGAGCCGCGAGGAGCUGCGGCUGCGGGAGCUGGAGGAGGCGCGCGCGCGCGCGGCGCAGAUGGAGAAGACCAUGCGCUGGUGGUCAGACUGCACUGCGAACUGGCGCGAGAAGUGGAGCAAGGUGCGCGCCGAGCGCAACCGCGCGCGCGAGGAGGUGCGCCAGCUGCGCCAGCGCCUGGACGCGCUCACCAAGGAGCUGGCGGGCGCGCGACGCGAGCGCCAGGAGGCGCAGGGCGAGUGCGAGGCGCGGGGCCGCGAGCUGGCGCGGCUGCGGGGCGCGGCCGGCAGGACGCAGGACGACGGCGAGGACCCUGACCCUGAGCGCGAGCCGGUGCGCGACAUCGGGGCCGAGAGGCCGCCGGGCAGCCAGGAGCUGGACCUGGUGGAAAGCUUGCUGAAGAGCAGGCCUGAGGAGCCCGAGGGAGGCUGGGAGUCCCGAGGCGUGGCAGCCGGAGGUUCACGGGGCAGCUCAGGCCGCCCGGAGCGCAGCCGGAUGCCUUGGGAGGACCCUGUGGCCACGGAGGAUGACACCUCCAAAUUGACUGCCCUGCGGCUGCGGCUGGAUGAGUCCCAGAAGGUGUUGCUCAAGGAGCGAGAGGACAAACUGGCACUGAGCAGAAACAUUGAGAAGCUGGAGGUGGAGCUCAGCCAGUGGAAGAUCAAGUAUGAGGAGCUGAACAAGACCAAGCAGGAGAUGCUCAAGCAACUUAGCAUCCUGAAGGAGGCACACCAGGAUGAGCUGGGCCGCAUGUCUGAAGACCUGGAGGACGAGCUGGGCGCGCGUUCCAGCAUGGACCGGAAAAUAGCCGAGCUGAGGGGAGAGAUGGAGCGGCUGCAGGCAGAGAACGCAGCAGAGUGGGGCCGCCGUGAGCGGCUGGAGACAGAGAAGCUGGGCCUGGAGCGAGAGAACAAGAAGCUGCGGGCACAGGUCGGGGACCUGGAGGAGGCACUGGCCCGGCGGCGGCGGCAGACGGCCAGCGCCCUGGACUGCGACCUGCGGGCCAGCCAGGCCGCACUGUUCGAGAAGAACAAGGAACUGGCCGACCUGAAGCACGUACAUGGCAAGCUGAAGAAGCAGGUCCAGGAAAAGGUGGCAGAGCUGACCCAUGCCAAUCGGCGUGUGGAGCAGCACGAGGCUGAGGUAAAGAAGCUGCGGCUGCGCGUGGAGGAGCUCAAGAAAGAACUGGCCCAGGCCGAGGAUGAGCUCGAUGAAGCUCACAACCAGGCCCGGAAGCUGCAGCGAUCCUUAGAUGAGCAGACGGAGCAGAGCGAGAACCUGCAGGUGCAGCUGGAGCACCUACAGUCCAGGCUCCGCAGGCAGCAGCAGAAUGCCCCCCUCUUUGGGAAGAUGCGCAGUGCCCGCUUUGGCACCGAGGAGGCCGGGGACGGAGCCAGUGACCUGGAUGAGGACGAGGACCUGCAGAUCCAGGUGGCCUAGAACCUCCAGGGCUGGGUUGAUUGGCCUGAAGCCACUCCAACUGACAGAGCUGCCUGGGCAGGAUGGGUGUCCAGACCCUGCCCCAACCACAGGCCUCUUGCUUCGCCCAGGAGGAUGACAGCCGGGCCUGGCAGGGAGGCCUGUUUGAUCAUAUAUAUGUGUGUACCCAGGACUCACACCCAUUUGGUCCUGUGGACAUAGGACGGCCUGGCUCCCAGUACAGGUGGCCUCGACCAGCACCUCAUGCAGAGGUAGGGCAGGCCAAAGGAACGUCGCGGGGCCCCAAGCCAGGCUGCUGCCUCUCUAGGUCUUGGCGGUCCAGCGGCAGUUGUUCAUAAUACGAUGUGAUAAACCCAGUGUUUUGUAAUAAAUGGAGUUCACUUUCUCAGA